GCUGCUGUGCCGGGGAGGGAUCUCGAGCAGUGAACCCAAGCAGGAACGCCACCGGCCCGGCGCAGCGAGCGAGCCCUGCGGCCACCUCCGAUCCGGGCGUUGCCCCACCGGUCCAGGCAUGCUUCGCACGGACGCCGCGGUGCGGUGCGGUCACGCCACCGCACCACACGUCGGGCGGUGAGGCGUGAUCAGGCGGCAUCAUGGGAGCGGCAACGCUCACGGGCGGCCUGUGCGGCGCGCGCGCGCCUGGUCCCCCGGCCACGCUCGCUCGCCCGCCUCCCAUAAGGAUCCCACCCCGCGCACACUGGUCUGGCAUACUGCCGCACUCUGCAUCCCGAUCCAGACACACGCAGACAGACAUAGCUUUUUUGGCAGCUCCUGCUCGGCUGCUGCGGCUGCUCCCAUGGGGCUCUGCCUGUCCGUGGCCCUGUGGAAGGACAAGGCCCACGCCCGCCGCCGGGCCGUGCAGCACGACGGCGCCGUUGACGUGAUAGUGCGUGGCGGCGGCGGCGUCUCUGACUACGGGCUUCUGGCAGGGGGCGGAGUGCCGGAGGCGGUGGCGGCGCCGAGGGCUUCGGGCGCGCUGGGCACGCCGGCGCGGCCGAUAUGGCAGAGGAGGGUGCUGAUGGGCGUCAAGUGCCGGCUGCCGAAGUUCAGCGGCAUGAUCCUGUACGACGAGCGCGGCCGGCCCGUGGGCGGCGGCGUCCGGGACAGAGCCCGUGACCAGGAGAAGCACGCCGCUGCCAUUGAUAACAUCCUGAGGGACCUGCACUGGUCUAGCCGGUCGCCGGCGGGCAGCUUGAUUCCGGCGUCGGCCCGGUCCAGUUGAAUACCCCUCUGUCCUUUCCAGUUUGUUAGGCCCAUAUUAAGCAGAAGAAAAUUCAGAAAUUUCCUCUUUGCAAGCCUCAUUGUUUUGAGAAUAGCCAGCUAGAGCUGUGCCUACGCUAAAUUCUGCCCAAUUCUGGGGGUUCUCAAUGUGACAUCAACCUAUGAAAUGGAGGAGACAGAGGGCCAUCCAUGUAGCAUUAACUAGUUGAAAACUCUUAUAUUUGGAUAAUGGGACAACUUUAUUCGUAGAGAUGCCAGUGUUCUGAUUUUAAGCUUC